CAGUGUUACAACAAAACGUUAAAAAGUGCCCCUGUAGUGCACGUCUCUUUUUUAUUGGUUUUGGAGUCGAUACGAAUAUGCUUAAAUUAGUCAGACACAGUUAAACUGAUGCCGUGUGUUUCUUGAUAUUCACAGUAUUUGAACUCCAGUUAUCAUGGGAGUGCAUGGACUGUGGAAGCUGCUGGAGAGCACAGGGAAGCCCGUCAACCCUGAGACUCUGGAGGGAAAGGUCCUUGCUGUUGACAUCAGUAUAUGGCUGAACCAGGCAGUGAAAGGAGUGAGGGACCGUGAAGGUAACAGUGUGCAGAACGCCCACCUCCUCACUCUCUUCCACCGCGUCUGUAAGCUGCUCUUCUUCCGCAUCAGGCCCGUCUUUGUGUUUGAUGGGGACGCACCGCUGCUGAAGAAACAGACUCUGGCUUUGAGGAGGCAGAGGAAAGAGGAGCUGACCCGAGAGUCCAAACAGACGAAUGAUAAACUCCUCAAGACGUUCCUGAAGAGACAAGCUAUCAAAGCUGCACUUGGAGACGCCAGUAAGGAUCCUCUACCCAGCCUCUCCACUGUGAGGAGAGAUGAAGUGGACGACAUGUACGUUCUGCCAGCCCUGCCAGCUGCAGAGGAGAAAGACAAAAGCAGGUCAGAGGCCUCGGAAGAGGAGCAGAAAGAGAAAAAUAGCACUUGGCAGGCAAGGGCAGGCAAGGGCAGGCCAGGCCAGGCCAGGCCAGGCCAGGCCAGGCCAGGCCAGGCAAGGCCAGGCAAGGCCAGGCAAGGCCAGGUGGACACAGGGACAUAA